GAGCUGUAAGUGAACGAAUUGAGGAAGUGUGAAAAAUUUCGAUGUGUUUUUGCCCUGUGUUGUUGCAUCAUGAUUGUAGACUUUAAUAUUGUUGGUUUGCUGUUCAUAGGAUAUUUUGUGCAUUCCACACAUGGCGGAGGAAAACAUGAAAAAGUUCAUGUCAAAAUUCACGUGCCAGAAAUCGUGAAACACCAUCAUCAUACCAAGGUGGUCUUCAUCCAUAAACCACAUCACAAGCCAGAGCCGAAGAAACCACUAGUGGUGCAUCAUCACCAUCACCACAAACAUGAUCACGGCCACAAGCACAAGCAUGGACACAACCACGGUCACAAGCACCAACAUGGCCACAAGCAUGGUCACAAGCACAAACAUAACCUCUAUCACCACCAUCACGAGAAAGUCCCACAUCAUCAUUACCACCAUCACAAGAAGCAGAAAUAUAUCGCAAAUGAGCACGUUGUCGACCAUUUCCCAGUAAAUGGUUACAGAGCGUCCCAUAAGUCGAGAAACGAACGCUACCAGACGCAUUCUUUCACUCCUCCCAUAAGGCCACAAAACUUCUUCGAAUCACAAAGUAAUUACAAGGUUAGGGAAAAUGGAUAUGAUGAUUUCACAACCUCGAAUUACAAUGACCCUCCGGUAUACCCACAAUUGAGCAAUCUCGUUAAUCCAAAUGUUGAGUAUAUUGGUCCAAAUGAAAAUACAUACGACGAUAGUAGCGAAAAUUUGUCAGAAGACGGAAACCGUGAUAUUCCAUCAGAUUAUGCUUCAGAUGAACACUACGAACACUUGAGGGAGCCUCUGCAUGAGGAAGGUUUUUUCGAUUACCAAGAAGAAACUAAUAGUAGGUUGUUAGGACCUGAUGGACAGGUGUUGGUUACCAAGACAUUGAGCAUAGGUGACAACAAUGGCCGACAUGUUAGUCACAGUACUGAAGUAAUUUGAUCUAGUUUGCUCAAUCAUUCCUUAAGAAAAAGGUAAUUUUUAAUAGAAUUAUGUAAAUGUGCAAAUUAAAAAUGAUUUUUUUUUAUUUGUACAUUGUGUUUUUGAAAGAACGCUCUUAUUUUGUAACAAAUAUAUUUAAGUUGUUGACUCAUUCUAUA